AUGUACUAUGCUAUUCCUCCAGCCAUUGCGGGCUUUGCCAAUGGUUGGGAAAAUGCUUCUAUGAGUGGUAUUCUCACCAUGACCCAAUUUUUGGAUUAUUUUGGUACCCCCUCUGCCUUCCGACAGGGCGUUAUGACUGCGGGAUUGCUAGCUGGUGAAUUUGGCGGUUCUUUGAUGAUUGGUUUUUUGAUCUCAGAUCGUUUUGGUCGGCGCAUCACCAUCUUGUUUUGUGUCGUUGUUUACCUGAUCGGCCAGGCUAUUAUUGUGGCUUCUCAGAAUCAACCGAUGUUUAUUGCUGGACGAGUAGUCAAUGGAUUGGGUGCUGGUGGUUUGUUCCAGACGAUAUCAUUGUACACUGCCGAAAUUACACCUCCACAAAUUCGUGGCGUGAUGACUUCGAUGAUGAGUCUGGGUAUCGCAAUGGGACUUUUAGUCGCAUACUGGGUUCAGUAUGGUGCGGCAAAUAUUCAGGGCAAUGCUGCCUGGAGCAUGUGCUUCAGCCUUCAGCUAGUACCUGGUGCGGUCGUCGGUGCCAUCGUGCUGUUCCGCCCUGAAUCCUCUCGCUGGCUUUUCCGGCACGAUCGCUCCGAAGAAGCUUUACAGGUUUUAGCUAGACUCCACGCUAAGGGGGACCAGGACGCACCUGUUGUUCAGUCAGAGUUUGAAGAAAUUCGAGUCGUUGUCGAGUACGAGAGAGGGACACCUGCCCCCUCCUACCUUUCGCUGCUGGUCAGCAAGCAGUACCGUCGUCGGACCGCAUUGGCCAUGGGACUGCAGUUCAUGCAGCAGAUUACUGGUGUCAACAUCAUUCUGUACUACGCUGCCAAGGUGUUUGCCCAGACCGGUCAAACGGGAACCAGGGCCGCGUUGCUGUCCAACGGUAUCGAGUCAGCCCUGUUCCUCGUCGCGUCUUUCUCCUUGACUCUCCUCAUGAUCAUUCAAGCUACCGGCGGAAAACAGAUCCAUCAACCUUCAAUGCAAUCCCACGCUAGGUCUUAG